AUGAGCGAUAAAAAUUACUACACCUGGAAAUAUCCCGAAAUACCAGAGAAUGUGGCGGCACUGCUGUCGGAACUGAAACACUCGCUGGUUAUCGUGGGCGUCAUUGGGCGCUCCAAAUGCGCGCAGGCCAACAAAAUGUGCGCCUUUGACAUGGCACCAGAUGUGGAGCAGGAGCCGGCAGAUGGACAAAUACAGUGUUACUAUAAACCGGGCACUAAGACGCUGCUGCUGCACUUUCAGACCACCUACGAUGAGGCUGUGAUGGGGAAGCUGUUGCUCCAGCAGCAGAAAUCCCUGGACUUUGACAGCUUCUACGAGCAGAUGCGCUGCCGUUUUAUACGCAUCAUGUUGCUGGCGCUGCACGUUUGCCACAUUGUGGUGUACGUGGAAAUGGCACAAGCAUUUGAUCCCACUUUGGUGACCAUUUGCCAGCUGCUGAAGUAUGUGCGGGAACAGCAUGCGAUGGAAUUUCUGCCACAGUUGCUGCGAGAAACCAUUGUCGGGCAUAUGCUAAGGGAUCGGGGACGUCUCUGCACGCCACGUAUGCUUUUUCUCUUUGAGAACUAUCCGGAGGAUGAGGAGAAGACACGCGAAUGCAUUUCCGCCAUUGAGUUUCAAACUGAAGAUCGCAUUUAUGAACUGCUUCGGCAGCACAACAUAGUAACCAACAGUGCCGCCAGUUCCCUCUUGGCUCUACCCAACAACAAACAAUUUGUCUUCUACAAUGCCUACGAGGAACUGCAUCCGGAUCUUUUGCUGCAGGCUAUUGAAGCGCUUCACUUGACCAUGCACAAACCGGACGCCAAAGAGGAAGAGGAGGACUUGGAAAUUCUUGCAUUGGCUCCGUUCGAAGGGUUUGUCAAACCUUUCGGCGCUUCCUAUGAGGCGCGCGAGUCCGAGGAACAGAUCUACAAGGAAAACCACACACUUUGGAAAUUUCUACAGCGACACGUGCAGGAUGCACUUGAUGGUGUCUUUGACGAAGGCUCUUUCAAGCAGUUGUCACACUCGUCACAAUUCCAGCUGCUGAGCGCCAAGGAUUGGCACAAUUGCAUGGCGAUCAUGCACAAGCUGCUCAUCGAGAAUGUCAACGAUGUCAACUGUACCACCAGCAACGUCGCCUAUCACGCGUAUCUGCAGGGCCUGGAGGAGAGCGUAAACUAUGAGAAAAAAUUCUGGUCGCAUCUUUCCGAAAUGGGCUUGAAGAAGGGCAUCUCGGCUUAUAAGCAUGCGGCUCCGGCAAUUUAUGGCUUGGCGACCCACAAGCAGCUGCUGGCGGAUGCCAAGCUGGUUCUGGAGGAUGAGGGACGCGGUCCGUAUGCUGAGGCAGCGCUGGCCAAGCUCAGCGAUAUCUGCUUAAAGUUCUGGCACGAUGGCAGGCAACAGUGUGAACAGCUCAGCCUGCGUGGACAUCCGUGCACCCAACCCAAGGAUAGGCCGCACGACAAGCAUUGCAGUGGAGUUGUCCACAUUUCAAGUUGCAAUUGUGGACGCACUCAGGGUAGGCGAGAGGAUCCAUUCACGUUGCGGCAGGCCAACUACGAGUACUACGAGUACAUGGCUGGCAUGUGCAAUCUAUGUGUCAAGGUCAAGAAGUUCCAAUUUCCAGUCUUCACACCCUCCAUUAGCGAUUACAGAGCUGCAGCAUUUGAAGCCGCCUUCCCGCUCUUGUUGCAGGCAGCCAAGUGUCGGGAUGAACCUGCAGCAGCUGGAGAAGAGCAGGAUCUUAACAUGGAUACAGCUGGUGAUCCUUACUCCCAGCCAGUCAACGCAACAGAACAGGCACUUCAGAAACCGGAGCACACAUUAAACAACGGCUGCUCGCAACCUUUGUCUGCCACUUACGGCUCGGAUUUGAACAUGUCUAUAGCCGGAUUUGGUGAUUCACUGCAUGAGGAAGAGGUGAACUCACCGGAGGUCAGUUCGCAGCUGGACAGCAGCCUGGCCAGCCGGAGCAACAGCACCAGCAGUGGCACCUCCAGCGCCAACUCCGAGAACGAACUAAUCCUGCAGCUCAAGGAGCGCAAUGAGGAAAAUGACCACAGUGCCGCCGUCAUCGAGAGUCUAUCGGAUACGUUAUCGGAUGCGCAGUGCCAGGAACUGGUCUCCACCACGGAAUAUCUGCCCGGACUCGUGCACAUGUCGAGUGGCUGCGAAUUGUUGCCACUAUUCCCAAGCUGGUCGCUGGCCUGUGUCGGUCCCAGUUCCAUUUACAGCCAUAAUACGGGAUUGCAGGAACACUUUCAAAGUGGAUUUCUGUCGGGUGCCAACUUUCUACUGCCCUGGGAUGUCCAUGUGCGUCUCGUCCAGCCGCACAAGCAUCCACAACAGCAACAGCAGCACAAUAAGAAGACCCAAAGAUAUCGGAAACACGGCGAUCGUUUGGCCCUCAAGAUCUUCGUGGGCUUCGAGUACGAGUGUUCACGUGGUCAUCGUUUCAUGAUGUGCAGUCCGGAUCGUGUGCUCCGCGGUGGUGCGGACAUUGAGCGCGACACCAGCACCAAAGUGGUCAACAAUAAUAUGCCCCUGUAUUUCCCAUGUCCCUGCCGUGGGCAGACCUCGUAUUUGGCCCAACUGAUGCGCAUUCAUGUCGUCACGCCCAAGGCGCCCGUUAACAUCAUUCUUGAUCCCAAGGUGCUCGUGGGGAAGUACACCUUCACCCUGGGCUGCAACAUAUUGCCACGGCUUUCGCAGAGCGCCUAUUGGAUACUCCGCUUUCCAAAUGUCUACCAAGGCGACGAUAUACUGAUUGCACCUCCAGAAAAACUCGAACCAGAUGAUAUGAACGCUGGUGGUUGUCUUUUAGCUGGCAUGUUUGGCAUCGCCGAAACAGAGACUACGGAUGCCAAUGAUCCUGGACAUGCGGCAUCCAUGACGUUCACCAGACUUUAAAUAUUUGUUACACGUAUAAAAAAACUAAAUAUAAUAACUCCAUUUGUUCUAUGAA